GGCAAAUGAGGGGCCAUAAAACUUGUGUUUCAUUAACCUCAUGUUAUCUCUCUCACUCUCUUUAAGAAUAUCAGUAUCUUACAAAUAUUCUCAGACAAAAAAAAGAAGUGUAAUAAAGUAAAAUGGUGAUGCCAUUGUGUAAACAAAAUAAAAUAUAUUUCUCCAUUAACAAAAUCAUGUGUUUGUUACUAAUGAAUAUAAAUAACAAAUGAUGUUGACCUGAUUUAGAAUUUAAUCCUUGCCGUAUCAGUAAAUAAAGUGUUUUAUACAGAUGCCUCCUAUUCCGGAAUGAAGGAGGUUCUAAAGAUUAUUUUAACUUCAAAAUAAAAAAAAAUAAGAUGCAGGAAUUAUUUUUCUCCCCACAAAUAUAAAGUAAGAAAGCAAUGGUGGUUCAGGGGUAGAAUUCUUGCCUUCUCCUUGUUUACACGGGAGUCUAUGAAAGAUAAUACCAACCACUCUGGGUUUUUCCCCAGAAGAGAUAACUGGACUAAAUGGACCAAAAGAACCUAACGGUGAUGACUGAGUUCAUUCUAAUUGGAGUCACAAGGCGCCCUGAACUGCAGCUGCCCCUCUUGGGGGUCUUCCUCCUCAUCUACAUGACCACAGUGAUGGGAAACCUAGGCCUGAUCAUCCUGACCAAGGUGGACUCCCGCCUACACACGCCUAUGUAUUUUUUCAUCAGACACCUGGCCUUCAUUGAUCUUGGUAAUUCUACUGUCAUUUGUCCCAAGAUGCUGGUAAAUUUUGUUGUGAAUCAAAAUACCAUUUCCUAUUAUGAAUGUGCCACCCAGCUGGCUUUCUUCCUUUUGUUCAUUAUCAGUGAAUUUUUCAUCCUGUCGGCCAUGGCCUAUGACCGCUUUGUGGCCAUCUGUAACCCUCUGCUCUACAAUGUUAUCAUGUCCCCAAGACGUUGCCAUGUGCUUGUGGGUAUUCCAUACAUUUAUAGUAUCUUUCAGUCUCUGAUGUUCACCAUUAAGAUUUUCACAUUGACCUUCUGUGGCUCUAAUGUCGUCAGUCAUUUCUACUGUGAUGAUGUCCCUUUGAUACCUAUGCUCUGCUCAAAUGCACAAGAGGUACAGUUGUUGAUCAUAAUGUUUUCAGCAUUUAAUCUGAUUUCCACCUUGUUGGUUGUCCUGCUAUCCUACCUGCUGAUUCUGAUAGCCAUAUUUCGAGUGCAUUCUGCUGAGGGCAGGAAAAAAGCUUUCUCCACAUGCGGUUCUCAUCUGACAGUGGUGGUUGUGUUCUAUGGGACUCUACUUUUCAUGUAUUUGCAGCCCAAAUCUCCUCAUUCAUUUGAAACUGAGAAAAUAGCCUCUGUGUUUUACACUUUAGUCAUUCCCAUGCUUAACCCCUUGAUCUACAGCUUAAGGAACAAAGAAGUAAAAAAUGCCUUCCACAGGAUCGUUAAGAAUCCAUGAAAUCUUUGUAUUUAAUAUUCAAAAUGCAAUACUGUUUCAAGACAGAUAUCUCUGGAUGAUAUUUCUAAAAUGCAGAAUGACAUUCUCUUUGGCACCAGAACUAAAACUAAUUAUAAAGCAGAAAUAAAUACUGGAUGUCCUUUAUAUAAAUCCAUGUUAAUUCUUGCAAUAUAUAUCUCAAAUUAAACGUCAUUUCUUCUUCAUCACAGUUUGCUUCCUAUUCAUUUCUUUCUUAUGUGUUUCCAUAGAGCCUUAUAGUU